AUGCUGAAAGUUCUGCUGGUAGUCCUCUUGUUUGCCUGGAUUCCAUUCCUCUCGUAUCAGAAGCCAAUGGAUGGCGAGAGACCCGUCUCUCCGGUCGAUCAAGAUAUUAGCUGGUCGGAUUUGGAAGACUUAUUUCCGUUGGAUGAUGCAAAUUCAAUUAAGCUUCCUACCUCUUCGAACCCGUUGCAAAGCCAAUCGCAAAGUCCUCCUUCUCACCGUUCAGGUCCUGCGCAAUCGCCAAAGGACAGUCUUGAUGAAAGAAUGCAAGAAUGGUUAGCACAAAAGAGAAAACAGAGAAGGGAGCGAUAUGCAAAAAAUAAAGCGGAACAUCCCGAUGACUUCCAUGCCGCAAUUCAAGAAAAAAACGAGCGAAUAAGAAUAAAAUUGGCAAAUAUGACAAAAGAACAAAGAGCAAUCGCAAGUGCAAAGCGAGCUGCAAGAGCAAAAAUCGCUCGUCAAAAAAGAAAAGAAAGGACUGGUUUCAUGACCAAAUCAUAG